AUGUUCAGAGUUUCUUCUAUUCUCAUAAGCUUAGCGAUUUUUGGUGCAGUUUUGGCGGCUAAAACUUCGAGAGCAACAAGAUCAACAACUUUGAGUUAUGAUAACUCUGGAAAUUUCACCGGAUUUGGCGGAUUUCCAGGUGGAAAUGGAAAUAUGACAGGUAAGCUUUUAGAUUUUUUGAAAAACAAAUUAAUUUUUCAUUUAAGGAAACUUCACUGGUGGAUUUGGAAACUUCUCAAGUGGAAAUUUUGGCGGGUUCGGAAACUUUUCCAUUGGUAACUCAACCAGUUUUGGAAAUGGAACUGGAAAUGGAAAUUUGAGAAAUCAACAAUCUGGAAAUAACGGUUCUGGAAAUCAAGGAAACUUCGGAAACUCACAAUCUGGAUCAUCAUCAGAUUUUGGAAACUCUGGAAACUCGGGAAAUCAAGGAUCAUCCGGAAACCAACAAAGAUCUUCAAAUUCUGGAAGAUCAGGAAACUCACGAUCAGUUCAAUAUAGAGCACAAUCUUCAGGAAAUUCAGGCUCAUCAUCUGGAAACUCUGGAAAUCAAGGAUCUUUUGGAAACUCCCAAUCUUCAUCUGGAAAUCAACAAGGAUCUUCGGAUUCGGACUCUUCAAGCUUUGGAAACCAACAAGGAUCUUCAAGCUCUAGCUCAAACUCUGGAAAUUCAAAUUCUGGAUUUUCAUCGGGAUCAUCAAGCUCAAACUUUGGAAAUCAACAAUCUGGUUCUUCUAACUCCCAAUCUGGAAGUUCUGGAAAUCAACAGAGCUCUUCAAAUUCGGGAAGAUCAGGAGUUCAAUAUAGAGCUCAAUCCUCAGGAAAUUCAGGCUCAUCAUCUGGAAACUCUGGAAAUCAAGGAUCUUUUGGAAACUCUCAAUCAUCAUCCUCAAAUGGAAAUCAACAAGGAUCUUCAAGUUCCAACUCUAACUUCGGAAACUCAAAUUCUGGUUCAUCAUUUGGAAACUCUGGAAACCAACAAUCAGGCUAUUCCGGAAACUCUGGAAGCCAAAACUCUUCCGGUUUCGAUAACUCAGGCUCAUCUUCUUAUGAAAAUCAACAAUCUUCUUCAAAUCAAUCAGGACAAUCAAAUAAUUCCGGUUUCGGAAAUUCCCAAUCUGGAAAUCAACAAUCUGGAUUCUCGAACUAA